GCCAUUUUGGAAGGUGGUGGCAAUACAGGAAGUAAAAUAUUCUGACUUGUUCGUCUGUCCUGUUUUCCCGAAGAGUCACAAAACAUGGCAAAGAAUACUGGAAGUUCGAAAUUUCGGAAAGUAGAUGUUGAUGAAUACGACGAAAACAAAUACGAAGAUGAUCAAACUGGCGAAGUUGCUGGUGGGCCCGACGAAGGAGAAGUCAUGAGUUAUCUCAACCAAGGGAAAAAUAGUGACGCAUUGCAUGCUGUAUUAAGAGAUGCACCAAUCGGAUCAAAAAAUCAAGCCGUUAAGGAUAAAGCAAUGAUGUUGGUUUUGCGAGUGCUUACUGCUUUUAAAACAAGCGAGAUUGAAAAAAGUGUAAAAACUCUUGACAACCAGACAGUAGACAUUCUUAUGAAAUACAUCUAUAAAGGAUUUGAACUAGCAACAGACAAUAGUAACGCUGCCCUCCUCACAUGGCAUGAAAAGGCUGUUGCCGCUGGUGGUUUAGGAUCUAUUGUCAGAGUUUUAACAGAUAGAAAAUCAGUGUAAGAAGAUUAAUACUUGUGUUAUAUAAAGAAGAAGAAACUGAGAUAUGCAGCAUGUUGUUGAAGCAGUAGACCCUAUUCCUUGUACUGUGAUAACACUGCAGUAAAGACGCCAUUUUCUUCUCUAAGAGAUGUGAGCUAGUAAUACGGAGCCAACAUUACCUUUGUGAUUCAUGCUUAUUUAUAUACAAACAUCACCUCGGCAUAUGGCUAUGCAUGUGAAAACAGCACCUUAUUAAUUUGCUUAUUAAUUUGGCUAUGCAAAGGUAAUUUUGUCUCUCUGUUAUGUAUAAAAUACAAGAAAAAAUGUAUCUUAAACUUUCUAAUACGGUGGGGUGUGGUAAUAUUAUUAAUAUUACCGGUAAUUGUAAAAUGUUAGUUUCAUUUUCAGUUUUCUUCCACUUCAUCACCAGCCACCAUGGCAAUAUAAUUUUAGUAUCCAUUGAAACAGGAUGUGAAAUUGUUAUUGCUGUAGCUGAAUUUGUGAGAUAUGUUUUUUUUUUUCAACAAAAAUAUUUACCGGUAUUGUUAUUCAUGUAACCUGGCUUUCGUUCUCAUUCAGUUUUAUUUCUGUCAAUUAUUGCAGAUCCUUUUAAAGUUUAAUUUGUCAUUGAAAGUUAUUUUGUUUUUUAUGUCGGUUGCUUUCUUCAACAGGAAUAAAAUAAUUUCCUGGUUGGUGUAUGGGUCACACAAUCCCUUUUCUUCAUGACAUGCUUGUGAGUAUUUCAGCCAAUCAGUGAAAGAGAGGAUAAUCAAUUAUAAACCAGAACACAAAAAAAGUAUUUUAUCUGGCUUGACUGCUGAACUUUUGUUUUCACUGAAAAACUGAAUAUUUU